AUGCACAUCGUUCCGCCCGGUUUAUACCGGGUCGAUGUGCUCAUUCUGAUCUCAUACCAAAUGUGUCACUUCUUCUCCAUUCAACAGCUCUUCCCGAUCUUCCUCAAUUACACGCCGAAAACCGCCUGUUCCGAUACUCCUCAAGGUAAAUGAUUCUCAACAAAAGUAACGAACCCGGACGCCAUUUUGCAGGCAAAGUGUGCUAUGAUGUGCCGAAAAGCAAGUGUCUGCAGUACGACAACUUCCCGAAUCUGUGUGCAAAUCUCACCGGAACCGCUCUUUCCGACUGUCACACGGAAAAGUCGCACAAGUACUAUACAUCCGCCGCCAUGGAAUUCGAAAUCUACUGCAAACCUGGAUGGAAGGACUUCCGGCCCGCAUUCGUGCAGUACGUCGGAGUGCUCAUCGGAAACAUCAUUCUGGGAUACGUGGCCGAUCAGAUUGGCCGGAAGAAGACGUUCAUUAUCUCGAUGCUCAUCGGAAUUCCUUCCCUUUCCCUUUCCGCCACUUUCCAUUCCAUCGCCGCUUUCUAUUUCUUCCGUGCUCUCACCGGAAUCGGAAUCGCAGGAACAAUGAUUGUCGGAUGGGCGUACUUCUCGGAACUCGUCUCGCCACAUCAAAGAUUCAAGCUCAGAACUUUCAGUAACUGGGUAAGUUCCGGGAACAUUUGCAAGACAAGAUAAGCACAUUUUCAGGCGAAUGCUCGUAUAAUGCUCACCCUCGUCGCUCUGUUCACCGGCGAAUGGCGUCUUUCCUCGCACGUCUCCGCCGUCAUCUCCCUGAUCACUCUCGCGAUUGUCUACUUCAUUCUUCCCGAAUCGCACAUUUGGCUUCGGAAGAAGGGACGGUAUGCAGAGGCCGAGGAGAGUCGCAAACGGAUCGCCGCCAUUGCCGGAAUCGAGUUCGAGCCAAUGCCGCCACCGCCCAAGGCCGACGAAAAUGCUCCACCCGAGAAGGCCGUCAACAUUUGCACCGUGUUCGCCGAUCCACAGCUCCGCAAGAACAUUCUCAUUCUCUGGCUCAUGUAAGAAUUUCUGGGUCACUUUUAAAAGAAAGUUAAUGGUUUUAGGUGGUUCGUUACCGGAAUGACCGCCUAUCUCACUGAUUUGUGCGGAGGAGACAUGACCAAAAACUUCUGGGUCGGACAGUUCCUCUCCGGAAUUCUCCUUUCCGUUGUCAGAAUCGUAAGUUCCUCACUCUUCCCAAUGUUUCCCGCAAUGUGUUCGUUUGAGAUCAUGGGCUUUGCCGAUGGAUACCUUCCAUGGAUGGGCCGUCGUUUCGUCCUUCUCUGCUCUCAAUCUCUUGCUGUCGUCUUCUUCGGAUGCGUCAUCGCUUUCCUGUUCGCCGGAGAGAAGGGACAGUGGUACUACACUGCCGUCUAUCUGGCCGCCUUCGUGUUCACCUCCAUCGUCUGGGAGCCGUGCUAUCUGUGUGCUUCCGAACUGAUGCCAACCGAUGUCCGUGCCACGUCAACCGCCUCCUGCUCCAUCGUCGGACGAUUCGCCAACAUCGGAGCCUCCAUGCUGGUAGGACUAAUCGAAUCACCUAAACGUGUCUUAAUCCUUAAAUUUGCAGAGUGGCCUGAAGACUGUCUACGAGCCAGGAGUGCACAUGAUCUCGAUGACUCUUGGAAUCACCAACAUCGUCGCCGCCUAUUUCCUGCUCCAGGAGACCAAGAACUGCAGUCUGGACAAGGCUGGAACUGCCGCCGCGAAGACGGACGAAAAGGCGAACGAGCAGGAAAUGAAGGAUCUCAUCAGCAAGAACGACGAUGAAGACGUCGAGAAGAAGUAG